AUGCAAAGGAAAAGGACAUUGUCCUCGUUUAUCCAAGCAUCUUCACAGAAAUUUCUUGUUCAUCGGUUUUCAACUGCCGCAACCUUUGUCCAUACUUCGCAUUUACUCGAUUUCAUGGAAUCACAUUCAACUUUUGGAAGAAUUUCUCUAUGCAGAAUAAUCAGUGAUUUAUAUGGAAACGGAUCACAGUUUUCGAAUCUAAGCAGCAUGACAAACAAAGAAAAAUUGCUGUUGAGUAGCUGUAAUACAACUGGGACAAUUCCAGAUUUUAUAUCACAAAUAUCCAAAUUGAGGCAUCUAGAACAUAGUGUCAACAAUUUGGAAGAUGAUAUACAAACUGGAACCCUUCUUCAAGAUGAACAAAAGAUUGAGUUCCAAUUUCAAUGAGGAACAGGGCUUCAGAUUGUAGGUUUCAUCACACCUACAUGAAUAAUCUGAAUUCUUAAAAACAUUGGUCAUAUUUGUAAUAAUCAGUGAUUUAUGUGGAAACGGAUCACAGUUUCCAAACCUAAGUAGCAUGACAGAUGAGGAAAAUUGAUGUUGAGUAUCUGUAAUACAACUGGAACAAUUCCUGGAAUCAGAUGAUUAUGUAUCAAGGAAUCACCAAUCAGAUAACGACAGCUAGGAUCAUACAUGAGAACACCUAUAACUAACUACACAUGCUAACAUGCACCAAGUGGGUUGUUUAUAAAGGAGUAAUAUGUGUGAUCCAGACUGACAGUAUUCCGGAUCCAAAACAACAGAAGCUAAGGAGAUGGAAUUUACGGAUGAUAACAAAAAUAAGACUCAAGAAAACGGUUAUACGGAUUUUAACCUUAACCAAUAUUUCAUUGAUAGAUUUUGACGGAUUAAUCCGAUUGUUAAAACUCCAUUGUUGAAGAAUUCAAAGAUAGAGUUGGAUAGGCCUAUUAGUAAAAAGAUAUGUUUAGCUAAACGAAACAGAGUGUUUUCAACUUUGCGGAUG